ACAAAGCCACAGACCCGAGUGUGUCAGAACAGGAUUGGUCAGCUGUCCAGAAUUUUUGUGAGCAGGUGAACACAGACCCCAAUGGCCCGACACAUGCGCCCUGGCUGCUGGCCCACAAGAUCCAGUCGCCGCAGGAGAAGGAAGCUCUUCACGCCCUGACCGUGCUGGAGGUGUGCAUGAACCACUGCGGGGAGAAGUUCCACGGUGAGGUGGCCAAGUUCCGCUUCCUGAAUGAGCUGAUCAAGGUGUUAUCGCCGAAAUACCUCGGGGCCUGGGCCACAGACAAGGUUAAAGGAAGAAUUAUUGAAAUACUCUUCAGUUGGACCGUGUGGUUUCCGGAAGACAUCAAGAUCCGAGACGCCUACCAGAUGCUGAAGAAGCAAGGAAUCAUAAAACAAGACCCUAAACUACCGAUGGAUAAAAUCUUACCCCCACCUUCGCCCUGGCCCAAGAGCUCCAUCUUUGAUGCUGAUGAAGAGAAGUCAAAGCUUCUGACGCGACUUCUGAAGAGCAACCACCCCGAGGACCUUCAGGCUGCGAACCGGCUGAUCAAGAGCUUGGUCAGGGAGGUCGUGUAUGAGAGGUGUGAGAAGCUGCGGCCCACGCUCUUCCGGCUGGCGAGCGACACCACCGACGACGACGACGCGCUUGCGGAGAUCCUGCAGGCAAACGACCUCCUCACUCAGGGAGUUCUGCUGUACAAACAGGUGAUGGAGGGUCGUGUCACCUUGGGGAACGCAGUGACCAGCACGGUGGGAGACACGCCCAUCUCCGGAGCCUUCCAGAGCCCAGCAGCCUGCGUGAAGAGCUGCCCCCUGAUUGACCUGGAGGUGGACAGCGGCCCUGGGCAGGACGGGCCUGUGGCAUCGUCUUUGCUUCAUCAGGACCUGGCAGCCUUGGGGCUCAGUGACACUCCCGUCCCGGGCAAGGUUGCUGGUCCGAACUGCUGUACGGAAAAGAAGGGUCCCACCAGCAGCACGCUGCCUGGAGGUGGUCUUCAGAGCCCUGCUGCGGACAGGAGCUUGCUGGACCUCCUGUCCCCACAGCCUUCUCCGGGUCCGCUGAAUUAUAUUCCACAGAAAAGUAUCCCCAAGGAAGUGCCACCAGGUACUAAAUCAUCUCCAGGUUGGUCCUGGGAGGCCGGCCCAUUGGCUUCUUCGCCGGCCUCACAAAAUACACCUCUGGCUCAGGUGUUUGUCCCUUUGGAGUCUGUGAAGCCCAGCAGCCUACCUCCUAUUAUCGUGUAUGACCGCAACGGCUUCAGGAUUCUGCUGCACUUCUCCCAGACGGGGGCGCCGGGCCACCCGGAGGUGCAGGUGUUGCUGCUGACCAUGAUGAGCACAGCCGCCCAGCCUGUCUGGGACAUCAUGUUCCAGGUGGCGGUGCCAAAGUCAAUGCGAGUGAAGCUGCAGCCAGCGUCCAGCUCCAAGCUUCCCGCAUUCAGCCCUCUGAUGCCUCCAGCUGUGAUAUCUCAGAUGUUGCUGCUUGACAAUCCACACAAAGAACCUAUCCGGUUACGGUAUAAGCUGACGUUCAACCAGGGUGGACAGCCCUUCAGCGAAGUCGGAGAAGUGAAAGACUUUCCUGACCUGGCUCUCUUGGGGGCAGCCUAGCUUUCUCACGAGGUGGAUCCUUCGAGUCAAGCUUCGGCCUGUGUUUUUUUUUGCUGUCUUGUCGGGGCUCGUCACGGUGAUUUAGUGCAGAGUGCCAGGAGCUCUAUCCUGAUGUCAGGCUCCGAACGCCGCCUCUGACCUGUGUGUCGUCAGGGACUGGGGGUGGGCGAGCAGGGCUCCGGCCGUGGGCAGGGUGGGAGAUGCCAAGCGUUUCUGGCGGCUGUCUCCGCCGCGAUCCUGUUUGUGCAUGCUUGUGGACACUGAUGUCCCUGCCUCAGGUGGGAGGUUUUAUAAGCCAAAGUUUUUUUCAUGUA